AUGUUGGUGAAUUUAUCUGAUGAGAUAGAAAAAUCAAAUUAUGAAUUAUUAUCUAAAUAUUUUAAUGCGUCAACUGAUGAAUUAAUUGCUGAAGUAAAAAUUUUAAAGGCUCACAAAGAUACACCCAGAGGAACAAAUUCAGCUUCUGUGUAUCAUUGGCUUGAUUGGUUAUGUCAGUUUAGUAGAUCAACUAUAUAUAAACAAUUCUAUCAUUGUCUCAAAAUGUUUUCUAUUAUUCCAGUUACAAGCUGUACUUGUGAACGCACUUUUUCUAAAUUAACCAUCGUUAAAAACAAAUUGAGGAACACAAUUGGUCAAGAAAGAUUGAAUGCCUUACUUUUUUUAUUUGUUGAGCAAGAACUUACAAAUAAUGUUGAUAUAAAUGAUGUUAUUGAUGAAUUCAAACACCUUACUCAAAGUGACCGUCGGCUUGUAUUAUAA